AUGGAACGGCGCGGUGUGCCUGCGCCCAGGACAAAAGACCAGGGAUUCUCCUCCGCCUCGUCGGCCUUCGCCCCCUCGGCGCCUGAUCACGUCCGUGGCCCUUCGUCUCCGGGCGCCACCGGUGGUACGUCGGGUCUGGGCGCGGCGGCGACGGCGAUUGCGGACAUCGAGAGGCAGCUGGAGAGGCUCGUCACCCUACGCAAGACGGAGAGGUUUGCUGCGGCUCACGCCUUUGGCGAGAACGGCAACAACGACCAAAGAAAGAAGGCGAAGACUGGCGCCGCGACCCGCGAAGAGGAGAACGACAGCAGCAGCACGGAGAGUGCGGCCAGCGACGCGCAGAGCUCGAAACGGCGCAACUUGGAUGAGGACUUGCUGAUCGGCAUGCUCGGCAUUCCUUUCGUCAGCAGCGAAGUCGCGCGCGGUCGCAGCCCGCGCCCACACUCAUCACCGACCAUGUCGACUUCCCCACCGAUGACACCGACGCCAACUGCACACCACACACCGCUCACGCCAGACAUGGCUGCCAACGCCGCCGAUCUCGUGCUCAGGGCGGAUCUUGGCCAGGGCGACACGCACCGUGAUGACGACACGCCGCCGGCCAUCGCGACAGAGUCCGUUUGGCAGGCGGCCGAGGCCGCGCACAAGCCGCCCUCGCUACCGAUGCGAAGCCUCACCAGUGCGCCCGCACCACCACUCCCUGAGCAACAGCCGCAGCCGGUCGUGGUGGCGGCGGCUCUACGGCGCGAGAUCAUGGGCGAGGUCAAGGCCGAGCUGCUGAUGGAGGUGGCGCGACGCGACAAGGAGAAUCAAGGCAAGCUGUACGAGCUCGAGCUCGAGAAUCGAGAGCUCAAGCAGGAGCUCCACGGGCUGCUGCGCGAGAUGCGGGAGGACCGGCGCCGCAAGGAGCGCGAGCGAGAGGAGCGCAAGAAGCGGAGACGGCGCAGCGCAGGCCAACGGACAAAGCGCGGCCGUGGCGGCAGCGACGACAGUGAAGGAAGCGACGUAGAGAGCAGCGACGAUGACACGAGCAGCAGCAGCGAACAGGAGGUGGCCGAACCGAAGCGCAGAGGCACGAAGAGAAGUCGAGGCAGCAGCGACAGGGAACCGGCGGACCGGCAUAGCGACAAGAGCGACACCAACAGCUCUAAACGCAAGAGAGGGAAGACGUCGGUGGCACCGGCAGGAAAGGCCGAGAGACACGCUAACGAAGUAGCGGCGGGUGAAGCUGCAGCACAGGCAGGACCAACGACUGCCGAGCCGGCCGUACCACUUGUGACGACGCCAUCGCGAGCGGACACCCGAGGCUCGCCGCAGCCGCGGACGGAUCGGUGGUCGCACUCGAGCGGGAGCGGUGGUGAGGAAACGACCGUUGCUGCGGCCACCGGACCUGAUGAGGAUAGAAAUGCCGACGAUGGCGGCAGACCUUCUCGAUCCACCGUGUGGCGUAGGAAGAAGGGCCACCGGGCCGCCGAAGAAAUCGAGCACGACAACCAAGAGCGGUGGCAGAUGCGGGUCGACCAGCUGCGUGCGUUUGCCAAGGAGCACGGUCACUGCCGCGUGCCCAAGAGCCACCCCAACAGGCCACUCUACACGUGGACGCAAAACGUCCGCCAACGCUGGAGGAGGGGCGCCGUGCCUGAGAGUAAGAUCCGAGACUUGGUCGCCUUGGGCAUGCAGCAUCCGGCGGAGGAGUUCGGUGGCGCUGCAGCGCGAAGGGGCUCGCAGCAGCAGCGACCGGCGGUCGAGCCCGCCACGGAGGAGGAUGUCGACACCAGCAGGGACCAGGAUACUAAAGCCGUAGACAGGAAAAGCUCGACCAGCACCGGCCGGCCCAGAGCGGUGAAGAGAUCGCGGCGGGAGAAGCGGCCGUCUUCGGCCACAACGAAGGCCGAAGGCGGCGAAGACGGGAAACGGCCGCAGCAGAGUCGGGCGAGCGAUGACGACUACGCGGCACUGUCGGAAAAGGAUCACGAGGAUGAUGAAGAGGAGGAAGAAGAAGAGGAAGAAGAAGAGCAGGAGGAGAAGUACACCCGACGCCUGAGACAACGGCAGUCCAGGCGAAGCGAAGAAGCGAAGCCGCACAACAAUGCCGUGGAUGGCGUGGAGAGCCAAGUCACUGACGUCGCAAGCGGAGGAGGUGAAGGAGCCCGCCAGAGGUGA